AUGGCGGCGCUCAAAUUUGUGCCUUUCUCGUCAGAGAUUGAGCUACCUUUCUACUCCGCUCUCUUCUCAUCAAAGCUCGAGCAUGACAAGCUCGAUGACUCGGCGCGCCCAGUCAUGGGCUUGUACGAGCCCCGCCCGGAGGCUGACGCAGCAUCGAGCACGAGAAUGCAGAUUCUCGGAAACGCUCUCACAAGCAAGGACGUCCCCGCUGGCUUGACUCGCGCUAAGGGGUACAUAAAGAACGUGAACACUAUUGAGGAGUUCAAGAAUAUUGACCAGAGAGCGAUGAUCAACGAUGCUGGUCGUCAGAUUUGGGAAGCUAUACAGGAUGGCACAAUCUACUCAGUGCCGUCCCUCCUUUCGUCCUUUGCCAUCCUUUCGUAUGCAGACCUUAAAAGAUACCGGUUCACCUACUGGUUCGCAUUCCCUGCGCUUCGCUCGGACCCGCCAUGGACGCAGACAGGCCCAGUCGGGCGCAUGAGUGCGCAGGAGAGUACAGCGCUGGUUGACUCGGUUCAGACAUGGCGCUACACUGUUAGCAACGAAGGAGAGCACGGAUUCUUCCUCGCGAAAAAGAUCCGGGCUGAGGUUGGCACCCCAAAGCCCCUCCUUGACGACCCUCCUGCCGAUAUUGGGUACCGAUGGGAGAUCGGCGGUCUUCGAGAUUUCGAGACGGGCUUCUUCAGUAACGUCGACGAGCAGGACCGAUAUGUCGCAUUCGUGGACCCCUCCAACUACCCAGAUGCCCCGUCAUGGCCGCUGCGCAACCUCCUCGUUCUGAUCAAGCACAGGUACCGCUUGAGCAAGGUCCAGAUUUUGUGCUACCGUGACACGCAGGCGAGGAGACACGAGGCUCGGAGCCUCAUUUUCCUCUUGGCCACGGACCAAAACGACGAGGACGGACCAGCCAAGAUGCCCAGUGUCAUCGGCUGGGAAAGAGACCUCACUGGCAAACUGAGGGCGCGCGUCGCCAACCUUGCCGAGUAUAUGGAUCCCACACGGCUGGCCGACCAGGCUGUUGACCUCAACUUGAAGCUGAUGAAAUGGCGAUUGGCACCAAAUCUCGACCUCGAGACGAUCAAAAAUACCAAGUGCUUGCUGCUCGGGGCAGGGACACUCGGGAGCUAUGUCUCCAGGAAUCUGAUGGGCUGGGGCGUCCGGAAGAUCACCUUUGUUGACUAUGGUGCUGUCUCCUACUCCAAUCCCGUGCGGCAGCCGUUGUUCCAGUUUAGCGAUUGUGUUGGCGGGGGGAAGCCCAAGGCACUUCGUGCUGCUGAGGCCCUGAAAGAGAUCUAUCCCGGGGUUGACGCUGAAGGGCAUGUCCUGCCCGUCCCAAUGCUGGGUCAUCCCGUUCUGGAUGAGGCCAGGGUGAAGGCAGACUUCACCAAACUGAAAGAGCUUGUGGACGCACACGAUGCUAUUUUCCUCCUCAUGGAUACCCGCGAGUCGAGAUGGCUGCCGACUGUUAUGGGCAAAGCAUCCAACAAGAUCGUGAUGAACGCGGCGCUCGGAUUCGACACGUACGUGGUGAUGCGGCAUGGCGCAGAACCAGAGGAGGGCAGUGAGGAGACGCUGGGCUGCUACUUUUGUAACGACGUUGUCGUUGCGGCGGAUUCCAUGAAAGAUCAAACCCUGGAUCAGCAAUGCACCGUCACGCGCCCAGGCGUUGCCGCCAUCGCCUCGGCACUACUCGUUGAGAUGCUCACCAGCAUCCUCCAGCACCCCAAGAAGCAUCACGCGCCGGCACCUGUUCCUUCGCAAGGAUUGUCAUCCAGGUCGAGCUAUGACCGCGACCCGCCCGACCACCCCUUAGGGGUCGUGCCCCAUCAGAUCCGCGGCUUCCUGUCCAGCUUCCAAAACGUGGUUAUCCACGGCAGGCCGUACCCGCAAUGCAGCGCGUGCAGCAAGCCUGUUGUCUCGGCAUACCGAUCGGAGGGGUGGGAGUUUGUCAAGAAGGCGCUGGAGAGCCGAGAUUAUGUCGCUGAGCUCAGCGGCCUGGCUGAGGUGCAGAGGCAGGCGGAAGCGGCUGCUGCCGAGGUGGGCUGGAGUGAGGAUGAGGCGCUGGGGGAGGAGGAAGGCGAGGGAGUUCUUCUUUAG